AUGUACAAUAAUCCCUUAUCAUUAUCCCCAUUAGAUGAAGUUGUUCAACAUAAUGCUGCCCCUUAUCCAGAUCAAUCGGAAUCUUAUCAGAUUGAGAAAGUUGAUGAAGCUUCUUCACCGAUUGAUCAUUCUACUGUUACUCCAUCUCCCCUUAGCUUACCUAGUCUAUUGCUUUCAAGGAAUCGUUCAAGGAUUUCAACUCCAAAGGUAGAGGUCUCCUUAAAUUUACCCAGUGCCUAUACCGCUCAAGUGCAACAAAGUGAUUCCCCAUUACGUUCAGAAUUCAGAAAGAGUGAUUUAAAUAAUAAUAAUCAUGAUAUCAAUGUCCAUAAAGUUAGAUUGAGUGAAAUAUUAAAUGAGAAAAGAUUAUCUGAUCAAAAAUUA